AUGAAUACUGAUGAUAAACUACAUUUGGUUCAAUAUAAUUCUGUUUCAUCAGUUGUCUUCGAAAAUGCUCAUGAUCAACAAGCUAUGUUGAAGGCUUUACAUAAACUAUAUCCAUCUGGUGGUACAAAUCUGAUGGCAGGUCUCGAUCAAGUGAUUCCACUAUUGAAAAAAUAUUCCGAUCGAUCUACUGUCAAGCGAUUUUUCAUUUUGUCGGAUGGACAAAUCAAUGAAGGUGUAACUGAUCAUAAACUUUUGUUGAACGAAAUAACAACUAUCAAGAAUACGUACGAUGUGACGAUUUGUUCUUUUGGUAUUGGAUAUGAUUUUGACGAAACAUUAAUGACAAAUAUAGCUGAUUAUGGUUCAGGCGAUUAUUUUUUCAUCAAAGGUGCCGAAAGUAUGGAGAAAGUUGUCGGUAUUGCCUAUCAAGGAUUUCAAAAUCUCAUGGGUAUCGAUGCCUAUUUGAAAGUAACGACCAAGUAUGAUACACAGAUUGUCGAUGUCUAUGGAUACGACAUGAAAGAAGAACAAAUAAUUCCUAUCGGAAAUCUUCGUUACAAUGAUAUGAUGAAUAUUCUAUUGGAAACAAAAGUGAAAAUAACAAAAGAAUUACUUGAAAAACCUGAAAUCGAUUUCAUGCUUGUAGAAUUGUGGAUGACCGAUGUUACCGAUCGAUUACCGAAAUUAGUCGCCUCGAAAACACUUCUAUUUUCAUUGAGCCGAGUUGAUAAAGAAUUGAACGAGUUGAAUGAGAUCGUGCAACGUCUGAUCGAAUUACAAAAAAUCCAACGACGUGAAAAAGAAGUUACAGAAUUAUUGCGAGAACAACGAGUGGAUGAUGCAUUUGAUCUAUCACAAUUGCUGGCUGCUCAAGCAAAAGAGGUACAGACCAAACUAGCUGACGUGACGGUAUGCGAUGAUGAUCUAGAGUCAUUAGAAUAUGCUCAACGCAAAGCAAAGACGAUGGUUAGACGAGCAACGGAAAUGGCGAAUACUUUUCAAACUGAAUCAAGAAACAGUGCAAAAUUAGCUAUGGUACAUGACUAUUACCGACAAUUGAACGAUAAGCACAGCGAUGCCCAUUAUGAAUUGUGA